AUGAUGCUAAUAUAUAUCGCUGAUAUAUCUUCUUCUAUUGUCGUCUACAAUAAUAAUACAAUAUCAUUAUAUAACGCCGAAAAGAUGGCUAGUACUAUUGUUGAGCAAUUCUUCGAUGAGAUAAAGACGUAUGAUGACGGUACAAAAUCUGCAAAAUGUUUAAUAGGUCGCACUAUCGUGAAACAAUCCACAACCUCAACCUAUAACUAUGGACGUCAUGUUCAACGCAAACAUACGAAAGAAAUGGAUAAAUGUAAGAUUGCAUUAGAAACCAAAAAGUCGGACACUAGCAAGAAGCAGCCAAUGAUUCGACGAUCAUUUGGCCAGCCAGUUAAUCAAAAAUAUGGCCCUCACAAUCUCCGCCAAUUAGAACUCACUCAAAUGAUUGUACAAGAUUUAAUAAUCGACUUGGGAUUGCCACUUUCUAUUGUCGAUCAUCCAUCAUUUUUACGCGCGAUGAACACCAUUGAUCCAAGAUUUUCUGUUUUGUCUCGACGUGUACUUUGUCGUGAAACAUUACCAUCGGCUCUUGAACAAGUCAUGGUGAAAGUGAAACAAGCCUGUAGUCUACAUACAGGUGACAAUUUACGUCGUCAACUCGAAGACGCUGCUGCAACUUUCAAUAUCGAAGAAAAGGUGGUUCGGAUAGUCACGGACAAUGCGUCAAACAACCUGAAGGCAUUCGAACAGCUUGUAAUACCGGGUUUUGAGGUUUAUUUCGAGGCGGAAGACGAUGAAGAUGAACAUGAUGAUGAAACGGAUGCAGCCGAUUGUGAAAGAAAUGAUGAACAAAACCACGUGAAUGAUGAAGAAGAACGUCUCUGUAUGCCGUGCUUCUGCUACACUCUUCAACUUACAGUUGGUGGUGGUUUAAAAGAAUGUGACAAUGCAAAACCGGCUCUUGCUAAAGUUGCAGCGAUCGCAAAACUCAGGUGA